AGGAUCCUCCAGGGGACUGAGGCCACCAUGGCUCAGGAGAAGUCCCUCAUCCUGUUCCCACUGCUAGUCCUGGUGCUGUUAGUGCUGGGGUGGGUCCAGCCUUCCCUGGGCAAGGAAUCACGGGCCAUGAAGUUCCAGCGGCAACACAUGGACCCAGACGGCCCCAACAACAACUCCAACUACUGCAACCAAAUGAUGAGGCGCCGGCAUAUGACAGAGGGACGGUGCAAGCCAGUGAACACCUUCGUGCACGAGCCUCUGGUAGAUGUCCAGGCCGUUUGCCUCCAGGGAAACAUCACCUGCAAGAAUGGGCAGCCCAACUGCCACAAGAGCAGCUCCAGCAUGAAGAUCACGGACUGUCGUGUGACAAGCGGCUCCAAGUACCCCAACUGUGACUACCGAACCAGCCAGAAAGAGAAGCACAUCAUCGUGGCCUGUGAGGGAAACCCAUACGUACCCGUCCACUUUGAUGCUUCAGUAGAGGUCUCCACCUGAGACCAGAGCAGUGAGAUG